AUGCACUUCCCCACAGCGCUCAUGGUCCUCGCGACCUUGUCAUCGCCCUCUGUCUCCGCUCCCCUCGAGCCACGGGCCAACUUUGAUGCGCCUCCAGGAGGUGACGUUACCAUCCUCAACUAUGCCUUGACACUCGAGUAUCUCGAGAGAAAGUUCUAUCAGCAAGGUCUAGCGAACUACACCGAAGGCGACUUCCGCAAGGCUGGGUUCUCUCGCGAGUUCUAUAAGAACCUGAAGGAGAUAUACUUUGAUGAACAGACACAUGUCUCAUUCCUCGCAGGUGCUCUCGGUUCUGCCGCCAUCAAGGAGCCCACUUUUGCCUUCCCCAGCAAGGAUGCCAAAUCAUUUGCGCAGCUUGCCUCAGUCCUCGAAGGCGUCGGCGUUUCUGCAUAUCUCGGUGCGGCAGCGGCUAUCGCCAAUAAGGCCUACUUGACUGCAGCAGGCUCGAUCCUGACUGUUGAAUCGCGUCACUCGUCCUACGUCAGAGAUGCCCUUGGCCAAGCACCCUUCCCCAAGCCGUUUGACACACCGCUGGACUUCAACGCGGUCUACAGCCUGGCCGCUGGGUUCAUCACCGGCUUCGCGCCGGGAACGCCGGCGCUGCCGUUCAAGGCGUUCCCGCCACUGACAGUCCAGCCGAGCAAGAAGGCGUACGUAGCGGGCAAGUCGCCCGUGACUUUUACUGGUGCGUACGCCAAUGCGAAGGGUGCUGGGUUGGCACAGGAGAAGACGCCCGUAUACGCCGUGUUCUACUCCGGCUUGGACACAUAUUAUGUGCCUGCGACAAUCGCACCGGGUGGCAAGGACUACCAGAUUAGUUGCAUCCCCGCCGGGAACGCCACAAAGGGACUGCUACCUCCUACUGGACAGGUCUAUGUCGUGCUGAGCACUGCUGAUGGGACCAAGGUCAAAGCCGCUGAUGAGAAUACUAUAUCAGGAGUUGGUGUGUUGGAGGUUACUUCCAAGUAG